AUGAUUGGGAUUGUUUCAAUCGCUCAUAUUAAAAUGAAGAGUGCGGGAAAGGUGAAUAAAUAUCAGACGGUGAAAAAGCCUGGAGUGUUUGCCGUUUCACUCCCUACCCUCACUCCAAACAAAAGCCUUCUCCUCCAAACUCUUCUCCCUGUGUUUGGUGCUAAUAACCUGGCGCAGCAGACCCGGGAGAAGGUGCUGAGUGGGUCGGUCUGCCUGCCUGCCUCCGGCUGUCUCGGCAGCACGGUGCUCAGCCCAGAAAGCAGCAGGUUUGGGAAGAUCCCUUCAGAAAGAGCAGGCGAGCGGGCGUGGGCAGCGCGGCAGCCCCCGGCGGCGGAGCCCGAGAGUCCCGGCGCCGAGGAGCCGGGCGGCCGCGGCGGGCGGCGGCUGCGCACGGCCUUCAGCGCGGAGCAGAUCAGCACCCUGGAGAGCUCCUUCCAGCGGCACCAGUACCUGGGGGCCGCCGAGCGGCGCAAGCUGGCGGGCAGGAUGCAGCUCUCGGAGGUGCAGAUCAAGACCUGGUUCCAGAACCGCCGGAUGAAGCUGAAGAGGCAGCUGCAGGAGCUGAGGCCGGAGCCCUUCUGCAGCCCCCCUCUGCCCUACGGACCUCAGAGCGGGCUGGUGCCCCUGCCCCUCGCCUACGCGGCCCGGCCGCCGCCGCUGCCCCGGCAGGAGGCCGCUCCCGGCGGCUUCGCCCUGGCGGCGCUGCCCGCGCCCGCCCUGGACCUCAGCAGCGCCUGCCGGGCGCAGCCCCCCGGCUUUUGGGCAGCGCCCUGCUUCCUAGGGUACCGGGAUCCCAGAGGCUUCCUGGUGGGCGUCUGA